GCGACCCGCGCCGAGCGUGAGCAGCAGGCUCUUCUACAGCCAUGGCUGAAGGCGGAGAAGGGGAAGAUGAAAUCCAGUUCUUGAGAACUGAUGACGAGGUGGUGCUCCAGUGUGUGGCCUGCAUCCAGAAGGAGAACCGCAAGUUCUGCCUGACCGCCGAGGGCCUGGGGAACCGCCUGUGCUACCUGGAACCCACCUCAGAGGCUAAGUAUGUUCCUCCAGAUCUAUGCAUCUGCAGCUUCGUGCUGGAGCAGUCUCUAUCAGUGCGGGCCCUCCAGGAGAUGUUGGCCAAGACCGGACUGAACAACGAAGCAACACAAGGGGGAGGCCAUCGGACGCUGCUAUAUGGCCACGCCAUCCUGCUCAGACACUCCUUCAGUGCGAUGUACCUGACCUGCCUGAAGACGUCCCGCUCCCUGACAGACAAGCUGUCCUUCGACGUGGGACUGCAAGAGGACUCGACAGGUGAGGCGUGCUGGUGGACGAUCCAUCCGGCCUCCAAGCAGCGGUCAGAGGGUGAGAAGGUCCGCAUCGGAGAUGACCUCAUUCUGGUCAGCGUGUCUUCAGAACGAUACCUGCAUCUCUCCAUCUCCAAUGGCAACAUCCAGGUGGAUGCUUCCUUCAUGCAGACCCUCUGGAAUGUGCACCCCACCUGCUCAGGAAGCAACGUGGAGGAAGGCUACCUGUUGGGAGGUCAUGUGAUGCGGCUGUUCCACGGGCAUGAUGAGGUUCUCACCAUUCCAGCCUCAGACCAGAGUGAAGAGCAACAGAGGAUAGUCAACUACGAGACAGGAAAGGCUGGUGCCAAGGCCAGGUCGCUAUGGAGAUUAGAACCUCUGAAGAUCAGCUGGUGCGGGAGCCACAUCCGCUGGGGGCAGGCCUUCCGCUUGCGUCACCUGACCACGGGCCACUACCUGGCCCUGACGGAGGACCACGGACUCAUCAUCCAGGACCGCGAGAAGUCCGACACCGCCUCCACCGCAUUCUGCUUCAGAGUGUCAAAGGAGAAGGUGGAGUCGAGCCCGAAGCGAGACGUGGAGGGCAUGGGGGUGGGCGAGAUCAAGUACGGGGACUCCAUCUGCUUCGUCAUGCACGCGGCCACCGGCCUGUGGCUGUCCUACCAAGCGCCUGACGCAAAAUCCGCACGUCUAGGACCCCUUAAGAGACGGGCCUGCCUCCACUCAGAGGGCCAUAUGGAUGAUGGGUUGACGCUGCAGCGUUGUCAACAUGAGGAGUCCAGAGCCGCGCGCAUCAUCCGCAACACCACCAGACUCUUCAGCCACUUCAUCAGGGACCUAGAGAGUUUAGGCGGGAAGAACCGUGUUGCCGUGACGUUGCCCAUAGAGGAAGUUCUGCAGACCCUUCAGGAUCUCAUCACCUACUUCCAGCUGCCCGACGCCGAGCUGGAGCAUGAGGAGAAACAAAUCAAGCUGCGCUCCCUCAAGAACCGGCAGAACCUCUUCAAACAGGAGGGUAUGCUGACGCUGGUGUCUAACUGCAUCGACCGUCUGAGUGUGUACAACAGUGCGGCCCACUUUGGGGAGUGUGCGGGAGAGGAGGCCGGGGAGGCCUGGAAGGAGAUCCUCAACCUGCUCUAUGAGCUGCUGGCGUCGUUGAUUCGAGGCAACAGGAAUAACUGCACACAGUUCUCGCAUAAUCUGGACUGGCUCGUCAGCAAACUGGAGAGGCUGGAGUCAUCAUCAGGCAUUCUGGAGGUGCUGCACUGCAUCCUGAUCGAGAGCCCGGAGGCCCUCAACAUCAUCCAGAGGGGACACAUCAAGUCCAUCAUCUCGCUGCUCUACAAACACGGACGCAACCACAAGAUCCUGGAUGUGUUGUGUUCGCUGUGCGUCUGCAAUGGCGUGGCGGUAAGAGCCAAUCAGAACCUCAUCUGUGAUCACCUGCUGCCCAGGAGAGACCUCCUUCUACAGACACGAUUGGUUAACGAUGUCCACAGCAUGCGGCCAAACAUCUUCCUGGGGGUGCGAGAGGGCUCGGCGCAGUACAAGAAGUGGUACUUUGAGCUUAUGAUCGACCAGGUGGAUCACUUUGUCACCAGCGAGCCGUCUCACCUGCGCGUGGGCUGGGCCAACACCAAAGGCUACGCCCCCUACCCCGGGGGCGGAGAGGGCUGGGGGGGCAACGGAGUGGGGGAUGACCUGUACUCUUACGGCUUUGAUGGACUGCACUUGUGGUCAGGUCGUAUUCCGCGCACGGUGGCGUCGGUGAACCAGCACGUCUUGACGUCGGAGGACGUGGUGAGCUGCUGCAUGGACCUGGGGGCCCCCAGCAUCUCCUUCCGCAUCAACGGCCAGCCCGUGCAGGGCAUGUUCGAGAACUUCAACGUGGACGGCCUGUUCUUCCCUGUGGUCAGCUUCUCAGCAGGAGUCAAGGUGCGUUUCCUGCUGGGCGGUCGUCAUGGUGACUUUAAGUUCCUGCCCCCGUCGGGCUACGCGCCGUGCUACGAGGCUCUGCUGCCCAAGGAGAAGAUGAGAGUGGAGCCGGUCAAGGAGUACAAGAGAGACAUGGAGGGAGUCCGGGACCUGCUGGGAACCACACAGUUCCUCUCGCAGGCCUCUUUUAUACCCACACCUGUGGACACCAGCCAGAUCGUCAUGCCUCCCCAUCUGGAGAAAGUGCGAGACAAGCUGGCCGAGAACAUCCACGAGCUGUGGGCCAUGAACAAGAUCGAGCUGGGCUGGUCUUACGGAAAGAUCAGAGACGACAACAAGAGGCAGCACCCCUGCCUGGUGGACUUCUCAAAGCUGCCCGAGACCGAAAAGAACUAUAACCUCCAGAUGUCAACAGAAACCCUGAAAACUCUUCUUGCUCUGGGGUGUCACGUGGUGCAGGUGAAUGCCAACGCAGAGGAGGACCUGAAAAAAGUGAAACUCCCAAAGAACUACAUGAUGUCAAACGGCUACAAGCCCACGCCUCUAGAGCUGUCAGACGUGAAGCUCACCCCUGCACAGGAGCUGCUGGUGGACAAGCUGGCCGAGAACGCCCACAACGUGUGGGCCAAGGACCGCAUCAAGCAGGGCUGGACCUACGGCAUACAGCAGGAUCUGAAAAAUAAACGGAACCCCCGCCUGGUGCCCUACGCCCUGCUUGACGAGCGCACAAAGAAGUCCAAUCGGGACAGCUUGCGGGAGGCCAUCCGCACCCUGAUUGGCUACGGCUACAACAUAGAACCGGCCGACCAGGAAGGAGCAGGUCAUGUCGUGGAGCGACUGAGCAUCGAUAAGAUCCGCUUCUUCCGCGUGGAGCGCACCUACGCGGUGAAGACUGGAAAGUGGUACUUUGAGUUUGAGUCGGUGACGGGGGGAGACAUGCGAGUGGGCUGGGCCCGCCCUGGCUGCAAACCCGACGUGGAAUUGGGCACAGACGACCAGGCCUAUGUGUUCGAUGGGUAUAAGGGGCACCGGCUCCACAUGGGCAGUCGUCUGUUCGGGCGCUGCUGGCACGCGGGCGACGUGGUGGGCUGCAUGAUCAACAUGGAGGAUAAGUCCAUGAUCUUCACGCUCAACGGAGAGAUCCUCAUCACCAACAAGGGCUCCGAGCUCUGCUUCGCUGACUUCGAAACGGAAGACGGCUUCAUCCCGGUGUGCAGCCUGGGCCUGUCCCAGGUGGGCCGCAUGAACCUGGGCAAGGACGCCAGCACCUUCAAGUACUACACCAUGUGUGGCCUGCAGGAGGGCUUCGAGCCCUACGCCGUCAACAUGAACCGUGAGGUCACCAUGUGGUUCAGCAAGCGCCUGCCCACCUUCGUCAACGUGCCCAAGGACCACAACCACAUAGCCGUGACCAGGAUCGACGGCACCAUCGACAGCCCGCCCUGUCUGAAGGUGACUCACAAGACCUUCGGGACGCAGAACAGCAACGGGGACAUGGUGUUCUGCCGACUGAGCAUGCCCGUGGAGUUCCACUCCACCUUCAAGAUACUGCCCUGCGUCGACAUCAACGGGGUGCACGAGGACGAGCCCCUAAAACUCAAACACAGACACACGGUGAAAUCCAUGAAACACGGGGAGGACGGAAGGAGAACCGACUAUAGCAGCAUCACCACGUACUACCAUUCUGUGAGGGUUUUUGCUGGUCAGGACCCGUUCUGCGUGUGGGUAGGCUGGGUCUCCCCGGACUACCAUUACUAUAGCAACAACUUCAACCUCAGCAAGAAUCGCACGGUCACAGUGACCCUGGGAGACGAACGGGGGCGAGUCCACGAGAGUGUGAAGAGGGGUAACUGCUACAUGGUGUGGUGUGGAGACAUUACAGGCUCCAGCCACUCGUCAGGCCGCAGCAAUGUGGACCUGGAGAUCGGCUGCUUCAUAGACCUCUCCACCGGCCUCGUAGCAUUCACCGUCAAUGGCAAAGAAAUCUCCACUUCCUACCAGGUGGAGCCCAACACAAAGCUGUUCCCUGCUGUGUUUGUGCGCCCCACCAGCCCCAACCUAUUCCAAUUCGAACUGGCCAAGAUCAAGAACACCAUGCCUCUGUCCUCAGCGGUGUUCAAGAGUGAGCACCGUAACCCGGUGCCCCAGUGUCCCCCUCGGCUAGACGUGCAGACCAUCAACGCCGUCCUCUGGAGCCGCAUGCCCAACUGCUUCCUCAAGGUGGAGACUGCGCGUGUGAGUGAGAGACACGGCUGGGCUGUGCAGUGUGUGGAGCCACUGCAGAUGCUGGCUGUGCACAUCCCCGAGGAGAACAGGUGCGUGGACAUCAUGGAGCUGUCCGAACAGGUGGACCUGCGCAAGUUCCACUACCACACGCUGAAGCUCUACUGCGCCCUGUGCGCAUUGGGCAACACGCGCGUGGCCCACGCCCUCUGCAGCCACCUCGACCAAUCGCAGCUGCUCUACACCAUCGACAACCAAUACCUGUCGGGCCAGCUGCGCGAGGGCUUCUACGACGUGCUGAUCAGCAUCCACCUGGAGACGGCCAAGGAGGCGCGCCUCAUGAUGAACAACGAGUUCAUCAUCCCCGUCACCGCCGAGACGCGCAGCAUCCGGCUCUUCUCCGACGCCUCCAAGAAGCACCAGCCGCCGGGGGUGGGGCUUAGCACUUCGCUGAAGCCCCGCCUGCACUUUGCCCCGCCCUCUUUCAUCAGCAGCACCAAGCGGGAGCAGCACCUGUACAGUCCGCAGAUCCCCUUGGACGUGCUCAAGGAGAAGGCCAUAUCCAUGCUCACAGAGGCUGUGCAGGGCGGCGGCGACCACAUCCGAGACCCAGUAGGGGGCAGUGUGGAGUACCAGUUCGUGCCCAUCCUCAAGCUCAUCGGCACCCUGCUGACCAUGGGCGUGCUGGCUAGCCAGGACGUGCACAAGAUCCUGCUGCUCAUCGAGCCCAACGUGUUCGGAGAACAGAGCAGGGAGGAGCAUGUGGGGAAGGAGGGGAUGAGCAGUGCGGAGGAGAAGGCGGUGGAGGCUGGGGAGGCGGAGGCUAAGGAGGCCAGGCAGCUCAGGAAGGGACUACUGGAGAAGAAGCUGCCCGAGUCAGUCAAGCGACAGAUGUGCGAGCUGCUGCACUACUUCUGUGACUGCGAGCUGAAGCACCGCAUCGAGGCCAUUGUGUCCUUCUCGGACAGUUUCGUCUCCAAGCUCCAGUACAACCAGAAGUUCCGCUACAACGAGCUCAUGCUGGCCCUCAACAUGUCCGCCGCCGUCACGGCCAAGAAGACCAAGGAGUUCCGCUCCCCGCCACAGGAACAGAUCAACAUGCUGCUGAACUUCAGCAUGGGUGAGGACUGCCCCUGUCCAGAGGAGAUCCAGGAGGAGCUGUAUGACUUCCACAACGAGCUCCGCCUGCACUGCGGUAUCCCCAUGGAGGAGGAGGAGGAUGAGCCAGACAUGACUAUACGAGGCCGCCUCAUGGCCCUGGUCUACAAGAUCAAAGGCCAGCCACUCAAGACCGAACAGGAGCCCAAGGAGAAGGAGAUGGCUGCUCCAACCAACCUGAAGGAGCUGAUCUCCCAGACCAUGGUGAGCUGGGCACAGGAGAGCCACAUCCAGGACCCGGAGCUGGUGCGCGUGAUGUUCAGCCUGCUGCGGCGGCAGUACGACAGCAUCGGGGAGCUGCUGAGGGCCAUGCGCAAGAGCUACACCAUCAGCGCCUCCUCCGUGCUGGACACCAUCCACCUGCUGGCCUCGCUGGGGCAGAUACGCUCGCUGCUCAGCGUGCGCAUGGGCAAGGAGGAGGAGCAGCUGAUGAUCGACGGCUUGGGAGACAUAAUGAACAACAAGGUGUUCUACCAGCACCCCAACCUGAUGCGCGUGCUGGGCAUGCACGAGACCGUCAUGGAGGUCAUGGUCAACGUGCUGGGCGGAGGCAAAUCACAGAUUGCCUUCCCCAAGAUGGUGGCCAGCUGCUGUCGCUUCCUCUGCUACUUCUGUCGCAUCAGCCGGCAGAACCAGAAGGCCAUGUUCGACCACCUCAGCUACCUGCUGGAGAACAGCAGCGUGGGACUGGCUUCUCCCUCCAUGAGGGGCUCUACUCCGCUGGACGUGGCUGCCUCCUCUGUGAUGGACAACAAUGGAUUGGCCCUGGCCUUGGAGGAGCCCGAUCUAGACAAGGUGGUGACCUACCUGGCGGGGUGUGGCCUCCAGAGCUGCCCCAUCCUAUUGGCUAAGGGCUACCCCGACAUCGGCUGGAACCCCAUCGAGGGCGAGCGCUACCUCUCCUUCCUCCGAUUCGCCGUCUUCGUAAACGGAGAGAGUGUGGAGGAGAACUCCAGCGUGGUGGUGAAGCUGCUGAUCAGGAGGCCGGAGUGUUUUGGCCCCGCCCUGAGGGGGGAGGGGGGCAACGGCCUCCUGGGGGCCAUGAAGGAGGCCAUCAAGAUCUCCGAGAACCCCACCCUGGACCUGCCCAGCGCCGCGCAAGGCAUCAGCUCAGACGCGUCUACUGAGGAUGACGAGGAGGAAGAGGUGGUUCAUAUGGGCAAUGCCAUCAUGUCCUUCUACUCCGCUCUUAUCGACCUGCUGGGACGAUGCGCUCCAGAGAUGCAUCUCAUUAACAAAGGCAAGGGGGAGGCCCUGAGGAUCCGUGCCAUCCUUCGAUCGCUGGUGCCCACAGAGGACCUGGUUGGCAUCAUCAGCAUACCUCUCAAGAUGCCCGUCAUUAACAAAGACGGCAGUGUGGCGGAGCCGGACAUGGCGGCGAGCUUCUGUCCGGACCACAAGGCCCCCAUGGUGCUGUUCCUGGACCGCGUGUAUGGCAUCGAGGACCAGGCUUUCCUACUGCACCUGCUGGAGGUGGGCUUCCUCCCUGACCUGCGUGCCUCCGCAACACUGGACACGGACACCCUGCGCACCACGGAGACGGCGCUGGCCAUGAACCGCUACAUUGGCUCGGCCAUGCUGCCGCUGCUGACCCGCUGCGCCCCCCACUUCGCGGGCACCGAGCACCACGCCACCCUCAUCGACUCCACCCUGCACACCAUCUACCGCCUGUCCAAGGGCCGCUCCCUCACCAAGGCCCAGAGAGACGCCAUCGAGGAGUGCCUACUCGCCAUCUGCAAGUACUUGAGGCCCUCUAUGCUGCAGCAGCUGCUGAGGCGUCUGGUGUUCGACGUGCCUCUCCUGACGGAAUACUGCAAGAUGCCUCUCAAGCUGCUGACCAAUCACUAUGAGCAGAACUGGAAGUACUACUGCCUGCCGUCGGGCUCGGGGAACUACGGCAUGGCCUCCGAAGAGGAGCUGCUGCUCACCAAGAAGAUCUUCUGGGGCAUCUUCGACUCGCUCUCACAGAAGAAGUACGACCAGGAGCUGUUUAAGAUGGCGAUGCCGUGCCUGAGUGCCAUCGCUGGAGCGCUGCCCCCGGACUACGUGGACUCCUCCCUCAGCAACACCAGCCUGGAGAAGACCACCUCAGUAGACCCCCAGGGCAACUUCGACCCCAGGCCCAUCAGCACCAGCAACAUCUCUCUUCCGGAAAAACUGGAGUACGUUGCCAACAAAUACGCGGAGCAUUGUCACGACAAAUGGUCUGCUGAGAAGGUUCUCCUUGGUUGGAAAUACGGAGACGGCAUCGAUGACAAAGCCAAGCUUCAUCACUUGCUGAGGUCCUACAAAUCUCUCACAGAGAAGGAGAAGGAGAUCUACCGCUGGCCGGUGCGAGAGUCCCUGAAGAGCAUGCUGGCCAUGGGCUGGAGCAUAGACAGGACCAAGGACGGCGAGACCAUGUCACAGCAGAGAGAGAGCGAGAAGCUCCGCAAGAUCUCACAGGCCUCCCAGGGCAAUGGCUUCCACCCAAGCCCCUUGGACAUGAGCAACGUCCUGCUGUCCAGAGAACUCCAGGGCAUGGUGGAGGUGGUGGCUGAAAACUACCACAACGUCUGGGCUAAGAAGAAGAAGAGUGACCUGGGAAGCAGGGGAGGGACGGGACACCCCCUGCUGGUGCCUUAUGACACACUGACGGCGAAGGAGAAAGCCAGAGACAGAGAAAAAGCACAGGAGCUGUUCCGCUUCCUGCAGAUCAAUGGCUACUCCAUCAGCAGGGGUCUGAAGGACAUGGAGCAGGAGGGCUCGUCUAUGGAGAAGCGUUUUGCCUACAAGUUCCUCAAGAAGCUGCUCAAGUAUGUGGACUCUGCACAGGAGUUCAUCGCUCACCUCGAGGCCAUGGCCAUGAGUGGCAAGAUGGACAGAUCGCCUCACGAACAGGAAAUCAAGUUCUUCGCUAAGGUUCUCCUCCCCUUGAUCGACAUGUAUUUCAAGAACCACUGUUUCUACUUCCUGUCAUCUCCCAGCAAGAACCUCAGCAGCAGCGGCUACGCAUCCAACAAGGAGAAGGAGAUGGUCACCAGCUUAUUCUGUAAACUGGCAGCUCUUGUCAGACACAGGAUCUCUCUCUUUGGAAGUGAUGCAGCCACCAUGGUCAGCUGUUUGCACAUUCUGGCUCACACUCUGGAUACAAGGACCGUGAUGAAGUCCGGAUCGGAGCUGGUGAAGGCGGGCCUGCGGACGUUCUUCGAGAACGCGGCGGAGGACCUGGAGAAGACCCUGGAGAACCUGAAGCUGGGCAAGUUCACGCACUCGCGCAGCCAGAUGAAGGGCGUGUCGCAGAACAUCAACUACACCACCGUGGCCCUGCUGCCCAUCCUCACCGCCCUGUUCGAGCACAUCACCGAACACCACUUUGGAGUGGACCUGCUGCUGGAUGAUGUCCAGGUGUCCUGCUAUCGCAUCCUGACCAGCCUCUACUCCCUGGGGACUGGCAAAAACAUCUACGUGGAGAGACAGCUGCCUGCGCUGGGUGAGUGCUUGGCUACUCUGGCAGGGGCCAUGCCUGUGGCCUUCCUGGAGCCUCAACUCAACACACACAACCCCUGCUCUGUCUUCAACACCAAGACCCCACGCGAGCGUGCCAUCCUGGGCAUGCCGGACUGUGUCGAGGACAUGUGUCCCGAGACGCCUCGCCUGGACGGUCUGAUGAAGGACAUCAACGACCUGUCGGAGUCCGGCGCCCGCUACACGGAGAUGCCGCACGUCAUCGAGGUGGUGCUGCCCAUGCUGUGUAACUACCUGUCCUACUGGUGGGAGAAGGGCCCCGAGAACCAGGCAGCCACCAAGGUAGGAGGAGGAGGAGGUCCGCUGUGUUGCACCAUGGUCACGUCGGAGCACCUGAGUAUCAUCCUGGGGAACAUCCUGAAGAUCCUCAACAGCAACCUGGGCAUCGAUGAGGCCUCCUGGAUGAAGAGGAUUGCAGUCUACGCCCAGCCGAUCAUCAGCAAGGCACGCGCGGACCUGCUGAAGACGCACUUCCUGCCAACGCUGGAGAAGCUGAAGAAGAAGACGGUGAAGGUGGUGACGGAGGAGGAGCUGCUGAAGGCCGACAGCAAAGGGGACACGCAGGAGGCGGAGCUGCUCAUCCUGGACGAGUUCGCCGUGCUGUGCCGAGACCUCUACGCCUUCUACCCCAUGCUCAUACGCUACGUGGACAACAACAGGUCCAGAUGGCUGAAGGAGCCAGAUGCAGAUUCCAAUGAGCUCUUUAGGAUGGUGGCUGAGAUCUUCAUCCUGUGGUGCAAAUCACACAAUUUCAAGCGGGAAGAGCAGAAUUUCGUGGUCCAGAACGAGAUCAACAACCUCUCCUUCCUCACGGGAGACAGCAAAACCAAGAUGUCAAAGUCGGGAGGUCAGGACCAGGAGCGGAAGCACAAGAAGCGGCGUGGCGAGUUCUACUCCAUCCAGACCUCGCUGAUCGUGGCGGCCCUGAAGAAGAUGCUACCCAUCGGCCUCAACAUGUGCACACCAGGAGACCAGGAGCUCAUCUCCCUCGCCAAGACAAGAUACAGCCUGAAAGACACGGAUGACGAGGUCAAGGAUCACCUAAGACGCAACCUCCACCUGCAGGAGAAGUCAGAGGACCCAGCGGUCAGGUGGCAGUUGAAUCUUUAUAAGGAUGUGGUGGUGAGGCACGAGGGCCCAGCCAACCCCGACCGGACAGUGGAGCGCGUGCAGGGUCUCUCCGCUGCUGUCUUUCACCUGGAGCAGGUGGAGCAGCCGCUGCGGUCCAAAAAGUGUGUGUGGCAGAAGCUUCUGUCGAAACAGCGCAAGCGUGCUGUGGUGGCCUGCUUUCGCAUGGCUCCCCUCUACAACCUGCCCAGGCACCGCUCUAUUAACCUCUUCCUAUUGGGCUAUCAGAGAAUAUGGAUAGAGACAGAGACCUACUCCUUUGAGGAGAAGCUAGUGCAGGACUUGGCAAAGACACAGGUGAAGCUGGAGGAGGAGGAGGAGGUGGAGGCAGAGAAGCAGCCAGAUCCCCUGCACCAGCUUGUACUGCACUUCAGCCAUAACGCGCUCACAGAGAGAAGCUCUUUAGAUGAGGAUCCCCUGUACAUUGCAUAUGCAGACAUGAUGGCCAAGAGCUGUGCAGAAGAUGGAGAAGAGGAGGAGGGCGAGGGGAAGACGUUUGAGGAGAAAGAGAUGGAGAAACAGAAGACCCUGUACCAGCAGGCCAGACUGCAUGACAGAGGCGCUGCUGAGAUGUCACUACAGAUGAUCAGCGCCAGUAAAGGUCGACUGGGGCCUAUGGUGACGUACACUCUGAAGCUGGGCAUCUCCAUUCUGAACGGCGGCAACAUCCUAGUGCAGCAGAAAAUGCUGGAUUACCUGAAGGAGAAGAGAGAUGUGGGUUUCUUCAAGAGCUUAUCAGGGCUUAUGCAGUCAUGCAGUGUGCUGGACCUGAAUGCUUUUGAGAGGCAGAAUAAAGCUGAGGGCUUAGGCAUGGUGACUGAGGAGGGAUCAAUCAACGUGAGUGAGCGGGGUUCCAAGGUCCUUCAGAAUGAUGAGUUCACAAAGGAUCUUUUUAGGUUCCUGCAACUGCUGUGUGAGGGGCACAACAAUGACUUCCAGAAUUUUUUGCGGACUCAGACUGGAAACACGACCACCGUGAACAUCAUCAUCAGCACGGUGGAUUACUUACUUCGACUACAGGAGUCCAUUAGUGACUUCUACUGGUACUACUCUGGCAAAGACGUGAUGGAUGAGGCUGGGCAGAGGAACUUCUCCAAGGCCCUGGCUGUCGCCAAGCAGAUAUUCAACUCUCUCACUGAAUACAUCCAGGGCCCGUGUAUAGGCAAUCAGCAGAGUUUAGCCCACAGCAGGUUGUGGGAUGCGGUGGUCGGAUUCCUCCAUGUGUUUGCCAACAUGCAGAUGAAGCUGUCACAGGACUCCAGCCAGAUCGAGCUGCUGAAAGAGCUGAUGGAUCUGCAGAAGGACAUGAUCGUCAUGAUGCUCUCUCUUCUAGAAGGCAAUGUGGUGAACGGCACCAUCGGCAAACAGAUGGUGGACACCCUGGUGGAGUCGUCCAGCAACGUGGAGAUGAUCCUCAAGUUCUUCGACAUGUUCCUCAAGCUCAAGGACCUAACUACCUCAGACAACUUCAAGGAGUACGACCCGGACAGCAAGGGUGUCAUCUCCAAGAAGGAGUUCCAGAAGUCCAUGGAGAACCAGAAGCAGUACUCGCAGUCCGAGAUCGAGUUCCUGCUCUCCUGCGUCAAGGCCGACGAGAACGACAUGUUCAACUACGAGGAGUUUGUGGAGCGUUUCCACGAGCCCGCCAAGGACAUCGGCUUCAACGUUGCCGUGCUGCUGACGAACCUCUCAGAGCACAUGCCGCAUGACAGCCGCCUGGCGACCUUCCUUGACCUUGGCGAGAGCUUGCUGAGCUACUUUGAGCCGUACCUGGGCCGCAUUGAGAUCCUGGGCAGCGCCAAGCGCAUCGAGCGUGUUUACUUUGAGAUCAGCGAGUCGAGCCGCACACAGUGGGAGAAGCCCCAGGUGAAAGAGUCCAAGCGGCAGUUCAUCUUUGACGUGGUCAACGAGGGCGGCGAGAGUGAGAAGAUGGAGCUCUUCGUCAACUUCUGCGAGGACACCAUUUUCGAGAUGCAGCUGGCCUCUCAGAUCUCCGAGCCUGACGCCCUGGAGCGGCCCGAGGAGGACGAGGACGAUGACACGCAGAGCGUCGGGGCCGAGGAGCACACAGACGAAGAAGAUGAGGACGGUGGCCUGGAGUCCUCCUCGGCGUUCUCCUGCGCCUGCGUGUCCAUGAGGAAGAGCCUGGCCAGCUUCCGCAACCUGCUGACCUUCAAGAGCAUGCGGCGGCAGUACCGGCGCUUCCGCAAGAUGAGCGUGCGGGAGAUGGUGCGCGGCUUCUUCUCUUUCUUCUGGGUGAUCUUCACGGGGCUCUUCCGCUUCCUCUUCAGCCUGGUGUGGGGCUUCUUCCACAUCCUGUGGACCUCCAUGUUCGGCGGCGGGCUGGUGGAGGGGGCCAAGAACAUGAAGGUCACCGACAUACUUGGAAACAUGCCCGACCCCACGCAGUUUGGUAUCCACGGCGACGUGCUGGAGGCGGAGAAGAUGGAGGCGUGCGACGGCGUGCUGUCGGUGACGCAGCUGGAGCAGAACGCGGCGGCGGACCAGGCGGAGGCCGACCUGCUGGCCGAGCUGCUCAACAUCCAGCCCAAGAAGGAGGGCGGCAAGCACGUGGAGCCCGGCCUGGGGGACGUGUCCGAGGUGGUGGGGGUGGACGCACCCUCCUUAGCCGCCGCCGUCAAGCAGAAGAAGGCCCAGAAGGAUGCGGCUGCAGCCCAUAAGAAGGCUGAGGCUGAGAUGGACCAGAGUGGAGAGGGAGAGAAAUCAGAUUUUGAGGACGGGGAGAAGAAGGAUUUGGACAAGAGCAGGGAUGAUCCCCCCCCAGAGGGCCCGGCGGAGGAGGAGAGGAGGCCCCCUAAGAACCGGCCUCGGCAGCAGGAGGAGCCCCCCGAGGCCUUCAUGGCCAGCUUCGUGGCAGGCCUGGAGGUCUACCAGACCAAGAUGCUGAACUAUUUGGCAAGGAACUUCUACAACCUCCGAUUCCUGGCCUUGUUUGUGGCCUUUGCUAUCAAUUUCAUUCUGCUGUUCUACAAGGUGACGGGGGACGACACUGAGGAGGAGGACCCGUGGAACGGGCGUCAGGUGCAGGAGGAGGAGGAGGGGGCCAUGGAGUACUUUGUGCUGCAGGAGAGCACUGGAUACAUGGCCCCCACGCUUCGCUUCCUGGCCGUCCUGCACACCAUCAUAUCCUUCCUCUGCGUCGUUGGAUACUACUAUCUCAAGGUGCCUUUGGUGGUGUUCAAGAGGGAGAAGGAGAUAGCCAGAAAACUGGAGUUUGACGGCCUCUACAUCACCGAGCAGCCCUCGGACGAUGACAUCAAGGGACAGUGGGACCGUCUGGUCAUCAACACGCCGUCCUUCCCAAACAACUACUGGGAUAAAUUUGUCAAGCGCAAGGUGAUCAAUAAGUAUGGAGAUCUGUAUGGGGCAGAGCGCAUUGCGGAGCUCCUGGGUCUGGACAAGAGUGCCCUGGACUUCAACCCCACGGAGGAGGCCGUACUCAAGGAAGCCUCACUCCUGUCAUGGCUAAGCUCCAUUGACACCAAAUAUCAUAUCUGGAAAAUGGGAGUGGUGUUCACUGACAAUUCUUUCCUGUACCUCGUCUGGUACACCACUAUGUCAAUCCUGGGCCACUACAACAACUUCUUCUUUGCCGCCCACCUACUGGACAUCGCCAUGGGCUUCAAGACCCUGAGGACCAUCCUCUCCUCCGUCACCCACAACGGCAAACAGCUGGUGUUGACGGUGGGUCUGCUGGCGGUGGUGGUCUACCUCUACACUGUGGUGGCCUUCAACUUCUUCCGCAAGUUCUACAACAAGAGCGAGGACGAGGACGAGCCGGACAUGAAGUGCGACGACAUGAUGACUUGCUACCUAUUCCACAUGUAUGUGGGUGUGCGUGCGGGCGGGGGUAUUGGUGAUGAGAUUGAGGACCCGGCAGGUGACCCGUACGAGCUCUACCGCAUCCUCUUUGACAUCACCUUCUUCUUCUUUGUCAUCGUCAUCCUCCUGGCCAUCAUCCAGGGUUUGAUCAUUGAUGCCUUCGGGGAGCUGAGAGACCAGCAGGAGCAGGUGAAGGAAGACAUGGAGACUAAGUGCUUCAUCUGUGGGAUCGGCAAUGACUACUUUGACACGACGCCCCACGGCUUCGAGACCCACACACUGCAAGAGCACAACUUGGCUAACUACCUGUUCUUCCUGAUGUACAUAAUCAACAAGGACGAGACAGAGCACACAGGACAACCCCAACUCCUCCUCACCAGCCCCUUCUGCCGCUCCUCUGAACACGUUCUCCAUGAGAGGCAGCCAUCAGCCCAUUGUGGAUGUCACCUGCGGCCAUCGCGCCAGUGGCCUCCCCCACUGCGGCGCUGGGCUCUUAGGGCCCCCGGGGUACCAGAGGAGAGCGAGGAGCCCCCGCCGUGA